AUGGCUCCUCCAGCCAAAUCCUCCGACGCGCGACGCAAGUCAAGCACCAAGGCCACUUUAAUCGUUACUCGCAAAGUCUCCCCUGAUAGAUUGCGUGCCCUGAUCGCGCCCGACGUUGUCAAAGAGGAAUCUCCAGCCAAAGACAUCAAAACAAAGGCCGACUCACCUGCCGCGUCCAUCUCUGGCUCGCAACCCGCAGCCAGUGUUACGAAUGGCGACAAUGCCUCAGAUUCGAACGCAGCUACUCCCGUCCCCGACGCAACUCCUGCCGAUGGAACACCCGUCCCUUCAGCUAUGGGACCACCUACCGAGGGACCGAAGAAGAAGGGAGUCAAGCGAUCAGCUGCCGCUGCCAACGGAACAAUAGAUGGUAUUCCUAAGCCUAGAGGGAAGCCUGGCCCCAAGAAGAAGCCUCGUCUGGAAGACGGUACGAUCGAUCAUUCCGGCUCAAAGCCUGCUGGAGGCCACAAAUUGGGACCCAAGGCGAAUCAAGGAGCUAUCAACGCUGGCCUUCGUGCUCUGGACCGCUCUGGCAAGCCUUGUCGACGAUGGGCCAAGGGAGGCUUCCAGCUCAAGAGCUUCACGGGCGUCACAUGGGAGAUUCCUCGCUGGGUAGCUCCCCAGAAGAAGGCUCCCGAGUCCAGCACCGAAGACUCGGCCGCUGCGUCUGCUGAGGGCAGCACCAAGGAGAAUAAGGAGAACGGCCAAGAGGCCAACAGUGCCAGCAACAGUAACAGCGGCAACGACGUCGAGAUGCAGAGCGCCCCCAGCAACCACGCCUCAUCGCCCGCACCUCUGGCCAUUGCAGCCGCCUCAUAG